UUCUCCUCGGCUCCCAGCGUGACGUCAGAAGGAGCUCUCCAUAGCCUUGGUGCUGAAGCAAAAAGAUGGAAGACUCGGUGCAGUGGGAGUGAUAGUCAUUAUGUCCAGCUGUAGCCAGAGGAGGGCACUGACCAGCUAACCCUGCUGAAGGAGGAGUGGGCAUUUUGCCUUCUCAGGACCGGGUACCAUGUCUUUGCUUUGCGUGGGAGUAAAAAAGGCCACGUUUGAUGGAGCACAAGAGAAGUUUAAUGCCUACGUAACCUUGAAGGUGCAAAAUGUGAAGAGCACAACGAUAGCGGUGCGGGGAAACCAGCCCUGCUGGGAACAGGAUUUCAUGUUUGAGAUUAAUCGUUUAGACCUUGGUCUAACAGUGGAGGUCUGGAACAAAGGAUUGAUCUGGGACACCAUGGUGGGAACAGUAUGGAUUCCUUUAAGGACAAUCCGACAAUCCAAUGAGGAGGGUCCUGGGGAAUGGCUGACACUUGAUUCACAGGUCAUAAUGACAGAUAAUGAGAUUUGUGGUACCAAAGAUCCAACCUUCCACCGCAUCUUACUGGAUACCCGAUUUGAACUUCCUCUAGAUAUACCAGAAGAAGAAGCUCGAUACUGGGCAAAGAAACUUGAGCAACUUAAUGCAAUGAGGGACCAGGAUGAUUAUGUUUUUCAAGAAGAAAUUCCGGAGAAUCCUCUUCCCGUCCAUGGAUCUCAAUGUUGUAACUGGAAUUAUUUCGGCUGGGGGGAGCAGCACAAUGAGGAUCCCGAUAGUGCAGUGGAUGAUCGGGAUAGUGAUUACCGCAGUGAAACCAGCAACAGUAUCCCGCCCCCCUACUACUCCACCUCACAGCCUAAUGCCUCUGUGCACCAGUACCCUGUACGACAGCAACACAGUUCUCAUGGAUCUUACACUGAUUCAGUGCACAGCUAUGAGAUGGACUUCUCUGACCAUCGUCCAAUCAGCAGGCGUUACGAUAGCGCAGACUCUGCCACUAACGGGCGCAGUGAUGUGGAGUCUGUCUCCGGUUCGAGCCGCCUCACCAGCCGGCAGCACUCUCUGGAGAGCCGGCAGUCCUUAGACCUGUCCGAUAGCCCCACUGGAAGUAGUCGAUAUGCUUCAUCAGGGGAGAUUAGUCGUGGCUCCUCACAGCUCAGUGAUGACUUUGACCCAGAUGAUGACAGCUUGCAAGGUUCAGAAAUAGAGGAAGAAAGGGAUAGAGACUCUUAUCACUCCUGUCAUAGUUCUGUCAGCUGCCGCAAGGACUCGCCAAAUUGGGAAGGAGAGGAGGAGCCUGAAGUUUAUAGUGAAGAUGAGGAAGAAUAUCCUGACAGUAGGGGGCAGCUCUCUGACCAGGAGCUGUAUGAUGAUGACCAGCUUGAGGAAGAAGAGAAAAAAGGAAGAUUAGCAUAUGGGCAGGAGGAUUCCAUCUAUCAGUCAUUGGAGGCUGAGGAGAAGGAACCCCUGGAUAUUCCAUUGGAGAAGGACAGGACACCAGAAGCUGUGCCAGAGGAGGUAGUAGAGCCAACAGUACCAGCAGUCCAGUCUCCCCAAGCUGCAGACAGUUACAGAGAAGAAGAACCUGGAAUGUCCAGGGCCAAAUCUAAUUGGUUAAGAGCAUUCAACAAGGUGCGCCUGCAGCUGCAAGAGGCACGAGGUGAAGGGACUGGGGAGAUGUCCAAAUCCCUCUGGUUUAAGGAUGGGCCAGCUGGUGGUCUUAUAAUUAUAGACAGUAUGCCAGACAUACGAAAGAGGAAACCAAUCCCGUUGGUCAGUGACCUGGCAAUGUCACUGGUUCAGUCACGGAAGGCUGGGAUUACUUCUGCUCUUGCAACAAGCACCUUAAACAAUGAAGAGCUAAAAAACCAUGUUUACAAAAAGACCCUGCAAGCUUUAAUAUACCCAAUAUCCAGCACCACUCCCCACAACUUUGAAGUUUGGACUGCCACAACUCCUACCUAUUGUUAUGAAUGCGAAGGGCUUCUGUGGGGAAUCGCUCGGCAGGGCAUGCGUUGCACAGAGUGUGGUGUCAAGUGCCAUGAGAAGUGCCAGGAUCUGCUGAAUGCAGAUUGUCUUCAAAGAGCUGCAGAGAAGAGCUCAAAACAUGGUGCAGAAGACCGGACUCAGAAUAUUAUUAUGGUCUUGAAGGAUCGUAUGAAGAUCCGGGAGAGGAACAAGCCAGAAAUAUUUGAGCUGAUCCAGGAAGUAUUUGGGGUAUUAAAGGCUACACACGCUCAGCAGAUAAAGGCUGUGAAACAGAGUGUGCUGGAUGGUACUUCCAAAUGGUCAGCAAAGAUCAGCAUAACUGUUGUAUGUGCACAGGGUCUACAGGCCAAAGAUAAGACAGGCUCCAGUGACCCAUAUGUUACUGUUCAAGUUGGGAAAACCAAGAAAAGAACCAAAACAAUCUAUGGAAAUCUUAAUCCUGUCUGGGAAGAGAAUUUUCACUUUGAAUGCCACAACUCCUCAGAUCGUAUUAAAGUACGCGUGUGGGAUGAAGAUGAUGAUAUCAAAUCUCGUGUGAAGCAGAGAUUUAAAAGAGAAUCAGAUGACUUCCUUGGACAAACAAUUAUUGAAGUCAGAACACUUAGCGGAGAGAUGGAUGUGUGGUAUAACUUGGAUAAGAGAACAGAUAAAUCCGCUGUCUCUGGGGCAAUCCGUCUUCAUAUAAGUGUGGAAAUAAAAGGAGAGGAAAAGGUGGCUCCCUAUCACGUGCAAUACACAUGUCUACAUGAGAACUUAUUCCAUUACCUGACGGAUGUGCAGAAUAAUGGUGUGGUCAAGAUUCCAGAUGCAAAAGGAGACGACGCCUGGAAAGUUUAUUUUGAUGAGACAGCCCAGGAAAUUGUGGAUGAAUUUGCAAUGAGAUAUGGAGUGGAGUCCAUAUAUCAGGCCAUGACGCAUUUUGCCUGCCUUUCAUCUAAAUAUAUGUGUCCAGGAGUACCAGCUGUAAUGAGUACUCUUCUUGCCAACAUUAAUGCUUACUAUGCGCACACAACUGCAUCCACUAAUGUGUCUGCCUCCGACCGAUUCUCUGCCUCAAACUUUGGGAAGGAGAGAUUUGUAAAGCUGCUUGACCAGUUGCACAAUUCCUUACGCAUUGACCUGUCCAUGUAUCGGAACAACUUCCCUGCUAGCAGCCCUGAAAGACUCCAAGAUCUCAAGUCCACUGUAGAUUUACUAACUAGCAUAACAUUUUUCCGGAUGAAGGUACAAGAGCUUCAGAGCCCACCACGGGCAAGCCAAGUUGUUAAGGACUGUGUGAAGGCAUGCCUUAACUCAACCUACGAAUAUAUCUUUAACAACUGCCAUGAACUUUAUAGCCGAGAAUAUCAAAGUGACCCUGCUAAAAAAGGGGAGGUACCCCCAGAAGAACAGGGGCCAAGUAUAAAGAACUUAGAUUUUUGGUCCAAACUAAUCACAUUGAUUGUGUCUAUCAUAGAGGAAGAUAAGAACUCAUAUACACCUUGUCUAAACCAGUUUCCUCAGGAGCUAAAUGUUGGUAAGAUUAGUGCUGAGGUCAUGUGGAGUCUCUUUGCUCAAGACAUGAGAUAUGCUAUGGAAGAACACGACAAACACCGCCUGUGUAAGAGUGCAGACUACAUGAACUUGCAUUUUAAGGUCAAGUGGUUGUACAAUGAAUAUGUAACUGAGCUACCAUCUUUUAAGAGCAAGGUUCCAGAAUAUCCCGCCUGGUUUGAGCCUUUUGUAAUUCAGUGGCUGGAUGAAAAUGAAGAGGUCUCCCGGGAUUUUCUGCAUGGAGCACUUGAAAGAGAUAAGAAGGAUGGGUUCCAGCAGACCUCUGAACAUGCCCUGUUCUCCUGCUCUGUGGUGGAUGUUUUCUCACAACUUAACCAGAGCUUUGAGAUCAUUAAGAAGUUGGAGUGUCCAGACCCACAAAUUGUGGGGCAUUACAUGCGUAGAUUUGCCAAGACGAUCAGUAAUGUUCUGCUGCAGUAUGCUGAAAUUAUUUCCAAAGAUUUUGCAUCUCAUUGCUCCAAAGAGAAGAAAGAAGAAAAAGUGCCCUGUAUUCUUAUGAACAACAUCCAGCAACUUCGAGUGCAACUAGAAAAAAUGUUUGAAGCAAUGGGAGGAAAGGAGCUGGAUGCAGAAACAAGUGACAUUCUUAAAGAGCUGCAGGUGAAACUCAACAAUGUCCUAGAUGAGCUAAGCAGAGUGUUUACCACCAGUUUUCAGGCACAAAUUGAGGAGUGUGUGAAGCAGAUGGGUGACAUCCUGAGCCAGGUAAAAGGGACCGGAAAUGUACCAGCCAGUAACUGCAGCAGUGUGGCUCAGGAUGCAGAUAAUGUAUUGCAGCCUAUCCUGGAUCCUCUGGACAGCAACCUGACACUAUUUGCCAAGAUCUGUGAAAAGACAGUCCUGAAGCGGGUACUAAAAGAACUCUGGAAGCUUGUGAUGAAUACAAUGGAGAAAACGAUUGUCCUUCCACCACUAACAGACCAAACAAUGAUAGGGACGCUGCUGAGAAAACAUGGCAAGGGAAUAGAGAAGAGCAGGGUGAAGCUGCCGUACCACGCAGAUGGAACCCACCUUAUCAUUAAUGCAGCCAAGGAACUGGGCCAGUUAUCCAAACUAAAGGAUCACAUGGUGCGAGAGGAAGCCAAGAGCCUCACCCCUAAGCAGUGUGCAGUGGUGGAGCUUGCACUUGAUACAAUUAAGCAAUAUUUCCAUGCUGGAGGUGUUGGUCUCAAGAAGACAUUCCUGGAGAAGAGUCCAGACCUACAAUCUCUACGCUAUGCACUUUCUCUUUACACACAAGCAACCGAUACGCUAAUCAAAACCUUCGUCCAGACACAGUCUGCUCAGGUUCAUGGUGGUAAAGGUAUUAGGUUUACACUUAAUGAAGAGACUUAUCCAGAAAAGGGAUCUGGGGUGGAUGAUUCUGUUGGGGAAGUUUCUAUCCAUGUGGAGUUAUUUACUCACCCAGGAACAGGCGAGCACAAGAUCAGCGUAAAGGUUGUAGCGGCCAAUGACCUUAAAUGGCAGACGUCAGGGAUUUUCCGUCCCUUUAUUGAGGUAAACAUGAUUGGUCCGAAUCUGAGUGACAAAAAAAGGAAAUUUACCACCAAGUCCAAGAACAACAGCUGGGCCCCAAAAUAUAACGAGAGCUUCCAAUUUACCCUGGGUAAUGAGACUGGUCCAGAGAGUUAUGAGCUGCAAGUAUGUGUGAAAGAUUACUGUUUUGCUCGGGAAGACCGCACAGUGGGAAUGGCUGUCAUGCAACUGCGAGAUCUGGCACAAAGGGGUAGCUGUGCCUGUUGGCUCCCUCUUGGCCGCCGCAUUCAUAUGGAUGAGACAGGACUGACCAUCUUGCGCAUACUAUCACAAAGAAACAAUGAUGAGGUGGCCAAAGAGUUUGUCAAACUCAAAUCUGACACCCGCUCUCCAGAAGAGGGGAGCUAGGGAGUGGAGCAUAAGUAAUACCUCACUCCACCUUCUAAGAAUAACCCAUUCACUGCCUUGCACCCCAGGCCCAGACUGUACAUAGAUGAGCUAUAAUUGAAAACACGUGUUUAUCCCUGUCACUUCACAGGCACGUGUACGGCUCUGCUUAUUACACCUUUGUAGCAGUGCCGAGGUCAUGUUCUGUACAAAUACACAUGCACACAAAAACACACAUUAAGGGCUGCGUUCAAAUGUGCCAUUGUGUUAAUGUUCUCCCUGCUGGAUCACACAAGCACAGUAUUCGAAGGAGCCUUAACUACUUAUUUGCGUCACAUUGUAGGGAGGUUAAGUGCCCCCUGGCAGUGAUAAUGUUAACAGUUUGAGAGACAAUGUUCCCCUUAGAAAAGGAUAAAUCUGAUACCCCCUCCUUCAUGGCGAAUCCUUUAAAAUUGCCUGCAUCCCAACCUGCUGUGUAUAUAGGAAAUCCCUUGUACCAGUGUCUUAUUCUGUGCAAUGGUGCUGCAUGGGUAUUUGUUUUCUAUGACAACCACCUAAAACCAACCUCCAGCUCUUGGUAGAACCCAUUCACCUUUUGCCUGCUACGGACAAAAAGGCCAACUGCCAACAUGGUGCAGUAAAGAGACACUGCCGGCUGCCCAGAUGGUAACAUAUGCCUUUCCCUGAAACUGCCCAAAUCAUCCAGCACUGAAUAGUUUACAGUCUCCAGUCCUCCAUCCCAGGGUAGGAAGGGCAACAACUUCAGUCCCUUACACACUGCACAAUGGAUUGGAGCCCAUGUGAUUUUUUUAAAUUGUGGCAUGUUGUGGUCAUGGAGAGAUGCCACAAAUAUUCCCUUAAUAUUCCUCAUUUUCUGUACAUAAAGCACCUUUAUUUCAUCCUUGCUCCCUGAGUGCAUGUGGAACAGUUUUGCACUAAUUUGGACAUUUUUUGUCUCUGUAAAAAUAUUUUAUUAUAACAGCCAUUAAAUAAAAAGAAAUAAAACCACUAUGUUUCAUUUA